UCGAGCUUAGCUUGCGACGAGUACCCAGCAGUUCUGCCAUCUGUGAACAGCGAGCCUCACGCGACAUCCUAAAUAAGAAGCGAGUGCAUCGGUUCUCUUGUUCCGCUGAAAACAUACAUGACGUACUUAAGAACACCGAAAACAUCUUCAGCAGCUGGUGGUACUUUCAUGUAUUCACUGCCGGUACGGUCUAUAUCCUCGCAACAUAUUGGGCCGUCGUCAAUUCGUUCGCCAAGUGUCCGGCGUAUGCGACAGCUGCUGAAAAUGAUUCAAGCUGGUCCGGGUGACGUAUCAGGAACGGCAAUGGCAGCCCUCACCGGCCAUCAGAGCCCGGCACCUACACCGAGCACAAAACUGCCCCGCAGCCACCACCCGAUCGACAUCAACCCGGCCGAGUAUUCUAAGCUCAAGCUAGAUAAGACAGUGAUUGACGCAAUCGGAAUAUCCGGAAUGCUGUGGAUCCAUCUGCUUACGGUCAUGGACUACGGGCCAUGUGUGAAACGUAUGAAGCGCAGCAACCGAUGAACCGACCGGCGUUGGAUUACUCGAGCGAUACGGAAGCCAUCAUCGGAUCGUGGCCCACCCGGCCAUGGCAUACACGAAAGCUCGAGACAGCACUCAAACCCUUGGAGGUGGUCCAGAAUUUGCCAACUUUAACUCAAUCCCGCGCGUUCGACCCGGGGCAUGUAUGGGUCUCCAGAGCCGUGUAGCUGAUCGUCUGCAGGACGAAAGCGAUGAAAUCCUUUCAGCUCCCCAAGUACUCACUGCCCAUCUGAAGGGAGCCUAGAGAUCUUCGCCAGCGUUUGGCCGCCAGUCCAUGCACCUUAAGAACACCGAAAACAUCUUCAGCAGCCGGUGGUACCUUCAUAUAUUCACCGCCGGUACGGUCUAUGUCCUCGCAACAUAUUGGGCCGUCGUCAAUUCGUUCGCCAAGUGUCCGGCGUAUGCGACAGCUGCUGAAAAUGACUCAAGCUGGUCCGGGUGGCGCACCAGCAUCGGCAAUAGCAGCCCUCACCGGCCAUCAGAGCCCGGCACCUACAUCGAGCACAACACUGCCACGCACCCACUAUCCGAUCGACAUCAACCCGGCCGAGUAUUCCAAGCUAAAACUGGAUAAGACAGUGGUUGGCGCAAUCGAAUAUCCGGAAUGAUGUGGAUCCAUCUGCUUGCCGGUCGUGAACUACGGGUUACGCCUGAACCACCUCAAGUGCAGCAUCCGAUGAUCCGAGAUUUGUAUUGCGUACUGGAAUGCGAUCGUAUCCGGGUUGCUGGAUGGAUCGUGGGAUCCUCAACAUCGACACAAGCUGUGUCAUAGAUGUGCACUUUCACUAACUAUUCUCCUGCGGCAACUGCCCGCAAGCUGCACCGGAACGGAACUUGGCCUCGGGACAGCACAGAUGUUCUGUCGAAAAUUCAAAACGCUGUAAAAAUUGUAGGGGUUCCGUACUAUUUAGUUGCUAAAUAUAUAAUUUUCCACGAUCCUUUUCUUUAUUGAUAACUUGUUUACAUCCAACUGCCAUUCGAGGCAGUUAUGUAUAUGUACUUUUACUAGUACAUAUAUAUUCUGCCUCCGAUGACAGCUGGGUGUAAAUAAAUCAACAUGAAAUCCCUUUUAAAACAACCCUAACCGCUGCCUAAUCGCCCAAAGCGAAACAUAUCUAACGUUGAUGUAACGUGAGUGUAACAGGUUAGAUGGAAUUAUGCACCAAGCAUAAACAUACCU